CCCCUUUGUUCGGCGGGAGGCGGCGGCGCGCCGCCCCACCGCUUUGUCCGCCCUGCCGGCGGGAGCCGCUCGUCCCGCUGUGCCGAUUUGAGUCAACUGCCUGGUCAGGAUGAGCUGGAGUUUCCUGACGCGGCUCCUGGAGGAGAUCAACAACCACUCGACCUUCGUGGGCAAGAUCUGGCUGACUGUCCUCAUUGUUUUCCGCAUCGUGCUGACGGCCGUGGGGGGAGAGUCCAUCUACUACGACGAGCAGAGCAAGUUUGUCUGCAACACGCAGCAGCCGGGCUGUGAGAACGUCUGCUACGACGCCUUUGCGCCCCUGUCCCACGUCCGCUUCUGGAUCUUCCAGAUCAUCAUGGUGGCGACGCCAUCGGUGCUCUACCUGGGCUUUGCCAUGCACCGCAUCGCUCGCAUGCCUGAGUCCUCGCGGCGCCGGACACCGCCAGCCCGGCGGGCACGCAUGCCAGUAGUGCGCCGGGGAGCCGGGCGAGACUACGAGGAGGCAGAAGAUGACAACGAAGAAGACCCCAUGAUCUUUGAGGAGAUCGAGGUGGAGAAGGAGAAGAGCCCAGAGGGCGGAGAGAAGCAUGAUGGCCGGCGCCGUAUCAAGCAGGACGGGCUGAUGCGUGCCUAUGUCCUGCACUUGCUGUGCCGCUCAGUGCUGGAGAUGGUUUUCCUCUUCGGGCAGUACCUGUUGUACCGCUUUGAGGUGAGCCCCUCCUACGUCUGCAGCCGCAGCCCCUGCCCACACACUGUCGACUGCUUUGUGUCCCGUCCCACUGAGAAGACCAUCUUCCUCCUCAUCAUGUAUGCCGUCAGCGGGCUCUGCCUCUUCCUCAACCUCUGCGAGCUCUUGCACCUUGGUGUGGGGCGCAUCCGUGAUGCCCUGAGCCAGGCUGGUGGCCCCCCACUCCCAACCGGCGACAGCCCUGCACCACAGUACCCCAAGAAAGCCCCCAGCGCCCCACCCACCUAUCACUCGCUGAAGAAGGAGCUGCCGCAAGCCCCGCUGACCAACGGCAAGCUGGACUACCGGGACAGCCUGGCCCAGGGCCGCUUCGCCCUGGCUGGGGCUCCCCCGGUGCACGAGCUGGACCGGCUGCGUGAGCACCUGCGUCUGGCCCAGGAGCACCUGGAGGUGGCCUUCCACCUCCAGCCCCCGCCGCGGCCCCCCAGUCCUGCCCGCAGCAGCAGUCCCGAGGCCAACGGCAUCGCCGCCGAGCAGAACCGCCUCAACCUCGCCCAUGAGAAGGGGACGGCCGCCUGCGACAGGACCACGGGGCUGUGAGUGCCACCAGGGACAGCAGCGGUGUCUGCCGGAGUGGCUGCCACCGCCACCGUGGGAUAGGCGUCCUGCCAGGAGCACAGGGCAGAGGAUGCCACACGCCUGCCCAGCAGGGUACUCUGGGUAGCCCUGUCCCGGUGGGCAGCAGAGGGGUCGGGAACCAUGGGGUUCAUUCCUACUUAAUUUUCAAAAAGGGAAUAUCUUAUUUUUGUACGUUUUUAUAAACUCAUCGACAUGUGCACCCUGGCAUUUUUAUACUCAACUCUGGGCCUCUGCCCCCCCAACUCCUGUUUCACCCAUUUUCCCCACCAUGUUGUCCUCGCAUCUCCUUGUGGCCCCGUGCCCUCUGCCACCUGUGGCAGCACCGGCUGGUGCUGUGUCUAUGCUGGCGAUUUUGGUAGUGCCCUCUGAGGUGUGAGGGACUUAGGGGAGCAGGCUGGGGGUCUGGCUGGCCGGGCCAAGCUGUGGGACAGAGUGCUGGGCUGGCAUUACUCUUGGAGGGGGCGGGAGGGGUCCUGGUGGCACUGUGCUGCCAGAAGGUGACUUUGUGGUCUGGGGGGGCCAUGCUGCACAGCAUCCUGGCUUGGGACUAUGAGUUGCGUGGCUGGCCUGCUUGGAAAUGUCUGUGCAGAGGUCAGGGGCCGUCCUUCCCACUGCCUCCGCCCUGUCCUGGCAGGCUGCCCUUGGACCAAAACUUGUCUCCUCCCACUCUGGCUGCCGGGCUGGGACCCCCUGCACAGAGCCAGACCCUGGCCUCACAAUGUGGGGACGUGGUGCCCCGAGCUGGGCUCGGCCGGGAGCCAGUGGAGCAUUCCUCAUCAUCUCAGCCUGGGUCACAUGGGGACUUUUGUAGCAUUGUUUUUUACUUGGAAAUGAUCGUCACUCUGUUUUUCUUUUUUUUUAUAUCUAUAUUA